CAUUUGUAGAUGGUGGUGUGAGGUGUCUCCUUCCUUGGGAAAAAAAUUCAGAGACAAUUCAGGGCAGAUGGGAAACAGUGCGACGAGGUCAAAAUGCCCCCGCAAAGUGCGUGGCUUGGACAGGGGAGAGUGCAUGGAUCACGGAGUUCGUUAUUUUGGCAGGUAAAAUUCUUCAGGGGUUCAGCUGUCAUGGCAUGGCAUGGCAUCCCUUCAUGCCGACAGCUACCGCUGGUAAGGGAAAGCUUCCCACAAUAUACUUGUAACAACAGUGGUAGCGGUCAAUUGAUUAUUUUGCGGUGUUUCCCGGCGGCUGCGGCGGCCGGCAGCUAGCUAGCCAAGGUGGCUGAGGCUACGAGUGCGAGUAGCCGUAAACUGGCUUCGACGCUUUCCCAUUUGAUGGCCGCGCCGCCGCGCUUUCCUCUGGACAACGGCGGAGCUGCCAACUUUUCUUCCCACACCACCGCCGUCGGCGUCGACAGAGACAAGAACAGCCAACACGCCGUCCGCUGGGCCAUCGAACACCUGAUUCUCCCCAAUCAUCUUCUCGCUCUGGUUCACGUCAGCGGCAGACACUUGCAACAUCAUGAUGGUGCUCCCGCUGACCAUGGGCAUGGGCAUGGCCAUCAACUGCUUUCUGAGGCUGAUGAGAUAGCAAUAUUUGGACACUACCGUGGAUAUUGCGCUCGCAAAGGGAUUAUGGUGAAAGAGAUUGUUCUUGAGGAUCAUGACCCUGCUAAAGCACUUUUGGACUAUGUCAACAACAACUACAUUUCCAAUGUUGUGGUUGGUGCAUCAACAAGGAAUGCCCUCACAAGGAGGUUUAAGAACUCCGACAUAGCAGCCAGUCUAAACAAAUUUGCACCAGAUUUCUGUGCUGUGUAUGUCAUUGCGAAGGGGAAAGUAAUGACAGUCAAAUCAGCCCAGCGCACUGCAGUUAACACGGCAACUCCACCAAGGCAGCCGUAUCCAGCGUGCCUUUCCCCUCAUUUUUCACCUGACCACCAUUCCGAGUCGGAGGAUGCAGCCAGAGCACACUCUGCAAGCAGAGGCAGGAAAAGUAUAGGAUCUGAGAGAGUGCCUAAUGAGAGGGCCAGUGAAAGCAUGAAAAUGCCAGUAAGAGAGAGGCCCAAGAGCACACCAACCAAUUUAUCGUUGGAUAAUGUUGAUCUUACUAUCCGUGGCCCAAGAAGUUCAACUAGCCGCAGUUCCUUCUCUGAUGAUGGUGAUUUUACUGAUCCACUCAAUUUUGGAUCACUUGAUAUGACUACCCAUAAUAUGAAUUUCUCUGGCACAUCGGACUCUUCCAAGGACUCUUCUGGAUCAUUGACACGAGAGCUUGAAACCGAGAUGAGAAGACUAAAACUUGAACUGAAGCAAACCAUGGACAUGUAUAGCACAGCUUGCAAAGAAGCAAUUUCAGCCAAGAAGCAGGCUAGAGAGCUAAGUAAUUGGAAGAUGGAUGAAGCUCGUAGGUUUGAGGAAGCCAGGUUAGCUGAAGAGGCAGCUCUUGCCAUUGCAGAGAUUGAGAAGGCUAAGUGCAAGGCUGCCAUUGAAGCUGCUGAGGCAUCACAGAAGCUUGCUGAGAUGGAAGUGCAGAGAAGAAGGUAUGCAGAGUUGAAGGCGAAGCGAGAGACAGAUGAGAAGAAUCGGGCAUUGAAUGCUUUGGCACAAAAUGAUGUCCGCUAUAGAAAAUAUACCAUAGAUGAGAUUGAAGCAGCCACUGAAAAUUUUGUCGAUUCACUGAAAAUUGGUGAAGGUGGAUAUGGACCUGUGUAUAAAGGCAGACUUGAUCACACUGAAGUUGCCAUCAAAGUUCUAAGGCCUGAUGCUGCACAAGGGAGAAAGCAAUUCCAACAAGAGGUAGAGGUGCUCAGUUGCAUUAGACACCCCAAUAUGGUACUCCUCCUGGGUGCUUGCCCAGAGUAUGGAUGUUUGGUGUAUGAAUACAUGAACAAUGGCAGCUUGGAGGAUCGACUUUUUCAAAGAGGCGGGAGCCCUCCGCUUCCAUGCAAACUCCGGUUCAAAAUUGCAGCUGAGAUUGCAACCGCGCUUCUAUUCCUUCACCAGGCAAAGCCAGAGCCCCUUGUGCACCGGGACCUUAAGCCAGCUAAUAUCCUCUUAGACCGCAAUUAUGUAAGCAAAAUCAGUGAUGUUGGACUGGCACGAUUAGUUCCACCUUCUGUAGCCAACAGUGUCACACAAUAUCACAUGACUUCGGCAGCAGGGACAUUUUGUUACAUAGAUCCUGAGUAUCAACAAACUGGCAUGCUGGGGAUUAAAUCAGAUAUAUACUCACUGGGUAUAGUGCUACUCCAAAUUAUCACUGGCAGGCCACCGAUGGCUCUCAGCCAUCAUGUUGAGAGGGCCAUUGAUAGAGGAAUGUUUGCAGACAUUCUGGAUCCAACAGUACACGACUGGCCCAUUGAAGAAACUCUCUGUUUCGCAAAAUUGGCACUGAAGUGUUCUGAGCUACGGAAGAGGGACAGGCCAGAUCUUGGUACAGUUAUACUUCCUGAGAUCAAGCGGAUACGUGACCUUGGAAACGAAAUUGAUUCAACUCAUGGGAAUGGGUAUAUGCAUUGCCAAGGUUCAUAUGCUCACUACUCAGCUUCACAGUUAAGGUUUUCAAAUUCAAGUGAGCUUGAUAAUCAGGUCUUGAGAAGAACUAGCGAUGGGGGAACUGAUCGAGGAUCUACAUCAGAAGAAAGUAGCAGCAGUUGAUGUCCAAGACCAGACAAUGGGGUUGAAGAACCAAUACAGUUGCAGCAGUUGAAGUUAAAGGCCAGUUAGGUGAUGGGGUUGAAGAACCAAAUUUGAAAAAUUGCAAUUAAAGAACUGAAAAGAUGGUGUCUAAGCCAAAUGAAGAAAAAAAGCUGUAUUUUUAGGUCAUGUUAAGUUUGGCAUUUUUGUUCCACCAGAUGAUAAGAUAAAGAGAAAUGCAUGUCUUCAGGAUUCAUUUGGUGUGGAAAAAUUGUAAAUUCUGAAAACAAUGUUGUGAUUAUAAGGCCCCCCAUGUUUCUUGCCUGCUGCAUAAAAAAUUUUGGCGCCAUGUUUUAACAA